UUUUGCUUAUUGAUGACGCGGCGCAUAUGGCGUGUGUUUCUAUUUACUUUCUUUACCGCAAGUAUAUGGAUUGUGUUCCUCGGCUUGAGUUUUCGGCAGAAAAAGUAGUGAAGCGUCUGUCAUCAUUGCUGGUUGAUUUUCCUUGUCAUUGAUGCGUUACUGUUAUUGUUGUCUAAUUGAGGUUUCUUUGGAGAUUGAUGAGUAAAAUACAUACGUACAUACGUACGCUCACUAGGUAUUUUGGAGGUAAUAUUUGAGUUUGGUCGGUCCACUGUUUUUGGCAUUGUGAGGUAGGAUUCCGAUCUUUCAGGUACAAACUUUCAGGUACGCGAAAGAGAUUGAUUGAAGGAGCGAAAGUGGGAAGAUCGGGAUAUUGGUUUGGAAGACUUGAAGGUUGAAGUGGACGAUUGAAGGGAAGAUUGGAAGACUUGAAGAUGAAUCGCUCGCGAUAUGAAGCUGUAAGUUGAUUUUUACCUUUCAUUUUGGUUGCGUAAUGUACGGAAGGUUGGAGAGUGGGAAGAGAGGGGAGUGGAUGUUGGGUUCCUGUGGGAUUCGGAAUCGGGAUUGUGUUGAUGUUAUUUCUUUUGUUCGGUUUGGUAGAUAUCUAUGAAUAUGAGUUAAGUCGACUGCAUGGGAAGGGGCUAUUCAUUGGAUUGUGUUUCCUCUUACUGUCUUGUGCUUGAGUUUAUGUCUCUGCACGUCAAUGUAUUCCCGGUUUGAUGUGUGGAACUUUAUCCUCCUUGGUCGGCAUCUCAAUUUCCAUAUGCCUUUUACUAUCUUCACAUUGCACAGCAUCUUGUAUACCCCUUCCAAUGCUAUCCAUCGUCACGCAUCCGCCUCAUCUCUCUACCCCUCAUCCAACCAAAAACCCACUAACAUAUCUCCCACAGCUUCCCAACAGCUCAUCCUCACCCCCGAUCCUCCUUGACUUAAUAAAUAAUCCCUCUUACAACUACAAUUCUGGUACCGCUACAUCAGUUCGCACCUCCACCUCUUCUUCUCAUCGUCCAUCCAUUACCAGCAUAUCAUCACGCACUCCUCCACCUUCCUUUCAUUCGAGUCAGCUUGCACAUUUAAAUGGGCAGAGUCAGCCCAGUCAAGCGUUAAUCUCUUCCUUUUCUGGUACUAGCAAUUACUUCAAUGGAAACGGAAAUGGAGCAGGAGUAAAUGGCACAACACCAUUUCCUUCGUACAACAACGGGCAGUAUAUAGAGUCUGCACCCCCAUCCUUUCAUUCCCGCUCUAGCACGCCUCGUCCAACACCCAGUACGAGGACACUGGCGAGUAAUGUAAGUGGAAGUAGUGGAGUAGAACUUUGGGGGGUGGCUACUACUACUUCUGGGGGUGAUGAGACGGGAGAGGAUAGAGAGGGAGCUAGUGGAUUGAUGAUUGUUAAGGGAUUGGAAAGGAGAAUGGAGAGAUUGGAAGAAAGCAUUGGGAGGUUGCUUGUGAGUUAAAUUUUUUCUUUUCUUGUUUUAUUAUUUUUUCCUUAAAGAAGCUUUCUUCUUAUUUCCGUAGUGUGGUAUGGAGGGGAGGGAAAUAGGUGAAGAAUAUGAGCUAAUGGGGUAUGACGUAGUUGGAGAAUGAAGAAUUGCGCAAUUUGAGGACCGCAAAUGCGGCUGCAGGUGCACUAGGUGAAAACCAGCGGAUUAGACAAAAUUGCUGUGUUACCUUUACAGAUGCAUCGAGGGAGAUGGAGGAGGCGUUGGUCAUGAAUGGUAUAUUGCUUUUUUUUCUUUUCCUUCCUCCCUGAUGCCCCUUGCCACCCUUAUUCUUAUCUUAUCCUUUUACUCCCCAUUCCCAUUCCCAUUCCCAUUUCCAUUUCCAUCUCCAUCUCCAUCUCCAUAUCUUCUUCCAUUCCAUUCCUCUACUCUGCUCCCUCAACAUGAACUAAUACCCCCACUCAGGCCACAACAACUGCUGCGUUAGAUUUUCCUCCGCGAAAUCCCCCUCAUAUAUUAAACAACGUAAAAGCGGAUGCUUUGUAGCGAUUGUACUUGUGGCUAUUUUGGUAACGCUUUUUGUGGUCAUGGUUAUUGUUUCUCUGAAGGAGGGAGAGGGAAAGGGAUGGUAGGAUGAGGUUUGGAGAAGGUAGAAUAAGGUUUGGGGGGAAUGUCAAUUUAGAUGAGGGAUUAAAGGGUUAGUUGUUGAUUUGGAGGAUGACAUAAAGACGGGGGGAGGGAAAGUUGAAGGAAAUUAGGAGGAGGAGAGAAGGGAAGAUGAGGAUGCAAAGAUGGACAAACAAAUUAUAUACGACCGGUAGAAUCUUUUUCGAGUUUAAAUUGGUAGACCGGACUCGUUUGUAUGGGAUUGGGAUUGGGAUUAGGAUUGGGAUGCAGAUGGGAUAGAUGAUAGAUGACAGAUGAUAACUUUACAAAUGAAUAUACUCUAUCGCAUGCGGUU